ACACCGCAUCGGUCGCGCUGGUCGCAUUUCAGCCUGCUUCAGCUUGCCGAUUUCCUCGGACACGAGCAAGCGCUGCGUUGACUGCGUUGCGUUGUGGUGCGUGUGGUGAUCUCGCAUCUCGCCGCCGCCACUUCGGCGACUCGGUUGCGACCUUUUUUGCCGCAAUAAGCAUGGCUUCGCUCCCGACACUCCUCCAGAUAGCAGGCAACCACAGUACAGUGUAUGAAGCAUACUACCAGCAGGUGGACCCAGCUGGCAUCAAUCACGUGGGCGCCUUGGAUGCUGCUGCGUUCCUCAAACGAUCCGGCCUUCCUGAUGGAGUGCUGAGCAAGAUCUGGGACUUGGCGGAUGCGGGUGGCAAGGGUUUCCUCGACAAGCGGGGCUUCUUCGUGGCACUGAAGCUGGUCGCGCUGGUACAGAGCGGCAGGCCGCCUUCCACGGCGCAGCUGGGGGUGCCGGCACCACCGCCAUGCAUGGCCGACCAGGUGAGGGGAGGCAGUGCGGACUGGUCCAUCAAGCCCCUGGAGCACUCCAAGUAUGUGGAGAUGUUCAACUCGCUGGGACCCAUUGCUGGGAAGCUGCCCGGGAGCAAAGUUAAGCCUGUGAUGCUGAACUCGAAGCUUCCUGUUGACGUUCUUGGGAAGAUUUGGGAUCUGAGCGAUGUCGACCAGGACGGUGCACUGGAUGAAGAAGAGUUCAUUGUGGCGAUGCACCUGGUGUACAAGGCGCUGGACAACUGCCCCAUCCCGAGCGUGCUCCCGGCCGAGCUCAUGCCCAGGUCCAAGCAGUCCGGCCGGCCGCUGGUGGCCGGGCUCCCGCCGGACUUCUCCACGGACACCCUGGGCACACGGCGGCGGCCGAGCACACCGUCGUCCGUGGGAGCCCUGGACGUGGCCCUGCACAACGUGAGCACUGCACAUCCAGAGCUUGCCUUCGAGGCGCUGAACAAGCCGGCUUCGUGGGUGGUGAGCGCCGCAGAGAAGGCCAAGUUUGACCAGCUGUUUGUGACGUUAGACACGGACAUGGACGGCCUGGUGACGGGUCCGGACGUCAAGGGCGUCUUUCUCAAGACAGGACUCCCACAAGCCGACCUGGCACAAAUCUGGAACCUGUGUGACACGAAGCAGAAUGGGAGCCUGACCGGGGAGCAGUUUGCGCUGGCCAUGCACCUGUGCUCGGAGAGGAUGCGGGGCUCGCCCGUGCCCCUGGCCCUGACCCCCGACAUGAUGCCCCCGUCGCUGCGGCCCAAGGCGCAGGCCGCCGCCCCUCCCCUGGACUCCAAGGUCCCUCUUGGCCUGGACAUGCUGUCGUCGUCGACGCCUCCCCCGACGUCUGCUCCCAGUUCGGGCAACAAGGAGCUGGACCAGAUCACCGAAGAGAUGAAGACCCUGCAGAUGGACAAGGCGACCCUGGAGCAGGAGAUCAUCCAGGGGGAGGCGGACCUGAAGACGAAGAACUGUGAGCUGAGGAACCUGGAGACGGAGAUGGAGGCGGUGUCGGCCAUGCUCAGGCAGCUCGACUCGCAGAAGAAAGAGGCCCAGAAGCGGCUGGCCGAGCUCAGCGUCCAGAAAGCGGCCUUAGAUAGGGAUUUAACCGAAACUAGGCAGGAGCUUGAAGAAGAGAAGCAGAAGGUUUCGAUGCUCAAGCAGCAGCUGGAGGAGCAGACAAAGCUGCUGGAGGAGCAAGAGAAGGAGCUGGAGCAGAAGCGAGCAGAACUCAAGGGCCUGUGUCAAGAGGAGUGUGGGCUUCAAGCCGAGAUUGACAGCAAGAAGGCCCUGCUGCUCUCUCUGGGCCAGACGCAGCAGGACACACAACUGCAGAUCAGCCAGGUGAAGGCAAAGCAGGUGGCGCUGGAGGAGCAGCACGUGCAGCUGAAGACAUGGGUGUCCCAAGUUGACCGUGCCCUCCAGGCCGGCGACCCCGGGCUGGUGCCAGAGUCACUCCUUCGCGACGACCAGUUUCUCGCCGGACUUCCAGAACCGGAGUACCAGCAGCUGUCCAACACGGAUGGAAGCAGCCACUCUAGCUUUGUCAGUGUUCCCGAGGAAGAAAUCAAGGACGAUCCUUUCAAGAGUAAGGACCCCUUCAGUGACAUGAAUGGCUUCAUGGGAGAUCCUUUCGCUGGGGAAGACCCUUUCAAAGCUGCUGACCCUUUCAAGAGCGGUGCGGUCGACGAUCCCUUUGCCGGGGACCCUUUCAAGAGCGCCUUCGGCUCCGAACCGAAGGAAGGAGACUACUUUGCUGCCGGUUUUGAAGCAGCCUCAUCUACUGUUGCUGUCAAGGAUCCCUUUGAUCCAUUUGGCCUUGGCAAGCCUGCGACGGAGGAGACCAACGUCACGGCCGACGCAGACCCCUUCGGCACGGACCCCUUCGCACCUGCAGGGACGGCGGCGCCCCGCCCCGAAAGCCCCACGCCGGCACUGCCCCCGAAGAAGGGCAAGAACCCGCCCCCACGCCCGGCCCCGCCCAAGCACCUGGCCGGGAGCGGGGGCCCCACCGCCCCGACGGGACCCACGAGGGCCGCCCCGGCCCCGCCCCUUCCCGACGACCCCUUCGCUAGCACCGGCGGCGGAAGCGCCGCGGAAUCGUUCGCCAAUUUCGCGGACUUCGGCGACUGCUGAGGUUCUUCGCGCCUGCGUUUACGGCGUUGUCGACGACGGUGUUUGGGACUGGUGGUUUUCCUGUUUGGAGGGUUUUGGGGUGGAGACGGCUUCUGGCCCCGAAGUUGCGAGCUUCUGUUUCUGUCGACCAGUGCGUAUUUGGUCGAGCCUGUUGACGGCUCACAGCAACUGGCCCCGUUACACGAUUUGGCUAACAUGCCGGCUGCCCCGAGCAAUAAGCAUGUUCUUAUUGUAAAACUCGUCUUGUGAGCCUGCACCGUCUGCAAACUUAUUAGCUGACCCCACCCAUCUGCAAACAGAGUAGCAGAUGCACCUGCCUGCAAACAGAUUAACGGAUGGCCAGCCCCCGUGCCCGGCCCCACUUCCGUGACGGGCUCCACGAGAGCUGACCCGGCCCCACCCCUCCCCAACGAGCCUUGUGCCAGCACCGGCGGCAGAAGCACCGCAGAAUCGUUCGCCAACUUUGAGGUUUCCGGUGUCGCUGACGACGGUGUUUGGGACUGGCGUUUUUUUUUUGUUCGGAGCGUUUGGGAGUGGGGACAGCUUCCGACUUCAAAGUUGUGGAAGUUUUGGGGCUGAAGCUUUUUUGUUUUUGUCGAUGGGAGUUUUGGGGCCUGUUGGCUUCUGUUUUCGUUAACUGGUACGCAGUUGGGCGAGUCUGUUAAUGGCUAAUGCCUCGAGAGGGAUAGGCAACUGUCCCCAUUAGGCAAUUGGCUAGCAUGCCAGCUGUCCCGAGCAAUAAGCAUGUUCUUAUUGUCAAACUUGUCUCAUUAGCCCCCUUACCGUCUGCAAACAGAUUAGCGAAAGGCAAAGUUCAAGCGUGGGGGUAGUGCAACAACCAUGGCCAGCGACAGUAUUGGUUGCCAACUUUGUAGAUUUGGGUAACUGCUGGAGAUGAUUGCACUUGCGUUCCUGCGUUGCAGAUGACGCGUGUCAUCUGUAUUGAUUCCUGCGUUGGAGGGGGGGUGGUUUACAGCAGUAGGUACAAAGCUACGAAGUGGGCAGCUUGCUCCGACAAGUGAGUUAGCAUUUGUUUGCGCUUGCUUGCUCCAAGCAAUAAGUCUUGUAAAACUGAUCCUAUCAACCUGGCUACUGUUUAGCAGUAACAUGUGCACAGUUUGCGCGAUGGUUCUGUGCAGCGGGCUGACGUGUUUGCGGAUAAAAUUGCCCGGGACGCCCGUUCGUCGUCUGCAGGGACCAUACUAAUUCUAAACUUAUUUUCAAACAUUCAUUGUGGUAUGACCUUGGCAAUGCAUAGUGCAGCAUAAUGAAGUAUAUUAGAAUAUUGUUCAACCUAUCCACUGUUCGAUGCCAGAUUGUUCUUCAGUUGACUUCGGCGUUGUGGCCCCAUUUUGAUCUGAGAGACAUCUUUCUGUUCUAAAUAAUGGUUAGGACAUUGGUACAAUGAAAUUCAAGGGAAAGUCCUUUCAUGAAAAAUACCCACAAAUCCUGCUAACCAAGGUAGGUUAAUUGUAAUCAGUAAAAUCAUCACCAGGCAAUCAACUGUGAGGUGGCGAUGGGAAAACAUGUCGGCACUGUCACGUGUCACGUUCUCCGAUAGGCUUAGCCGAGACGAGCCUUAAUUACGGGUUUCCUGUUUGUUUGUUCAGUCCCGUUCACUUUCGCCUUAUCAUUGUUUGUGUAAAUGACGAGGAAAACGGCCUCUUAAGUGAUCGCAUCAACUAAAACUGCAGUUCUACAGUAAGAACAUGCACUGCCCAAAUGUGUUGUCAGCAUGAGGUGAUCCCUUUCACAUUGGGAUUCUCUGUGUUUGGGGCAAACAGAAACCCAGUUUCUGCUGAACUUGAUGCCAUCUCCUUUUGGGUGGUGGUAGCAAGGACAAGCUCGGGGUUGUCGGCCUUCCCACAAGGAAACUUUGCACGCGGGCAUCUCUGCUUUACUGUCAAGCUGUUGUGAUCUAGCCUAGACUGCCAUGGCACCAGAUGGGAGCUAUUGCAAGGACACAAGAAGCAAACAACUCAUCCUUAACGAAUGAACAGUGGAAUCACGCCAACGAGCAAUAGGAACGCUUAAGAAGAAUUGACGUUAAGUUGGGGGUGCUGUUAGCGGUUCGUUAGGGUGCGGGUCGGUGGUCCUUUCGAAUAUUUGGAAUGUGCGAUAGGUUAGAAAGUAGUUGUGUAAUCGGAUGUCGGUGAGCGGUGAGUGAUUGAAAGUCUUCAUUACUUACGGGUGUAGUGUCGGACAGUGGCUGCAAGUGUUGUUGCCUAGAUUGUUUGCUGAACUUGGGGGCGUGGGGGGGGAGGCAAUGGUUUUGUUCCCUAAAAAUGUUUUUAAAUGCGUUUCUGGAAACGGCUCAAGUAAAACCACCUGCUUUUUCGAGGUGCCAGAUGCCCAUCGGAAGGAAACCGGAUUGCUUAUUCCGUCAACUUGAGUUAAUUCAUAGACUUUGAUUCUAAGUUGGCACCGAUCUAGCUGGGAGACUGGUUUAUUAUGGACAAUGAUCCAAAGCAGCUUAAGCUUUUACGUUGCAGGGAACUUUAAAACGUAUGUUCUGUCUUUAAUUGGAGCGUCAGUUUUGCGCCAAGUCAUCCGUUGGUGCAACGGUACGCAACGGUUGCUGCCUUUCUGCAUUCCUCUUAUCCAAGCGGGUCGUAAACUGCCUCGUCACUUGCUGUCAUGCGGACACAUAGCACCGUCGCUUCUCCGUCAGCCGCACAAAUUUAGCUUGCGUCGUCGAUUCAGCAUCUCGUAACGACGAGACCGUAGUGUCUGGGAUGGCGCCUGCCCAGUGUACAUAACGGCGGACCCGCGUGUAUUAUAUUGAGUGUGCUCACGAGAGGCAACAACAGUCUUUCGCCGUGUGUGCUUUUAUUUUCUUCAUUCAGCAACGCACUCGCCCGAUUCGUUGAGGAUUGCCGCAUGUGUUUUGCGUACAUAGGGGCACGAUGGCUCGCAAGUGUCGACACGCGCAGCACAAAAAAAAAAAAAAAGAAACACGUCUUCCCACAAAUGCUGAUAAGUUCGAAGCUCGUUAAUCGCUGCUUUAGUUUCCUCACUUUUAGUAGCAGCACUUUCUGUUAUCGACGCGAAGUAAAAAUGCCCACUUUCUGUCUAGCUCGUCAAAGGGAAAGUCGAGAAAAUCGGCGGAGGUGUGCCGUUUACUAGUCUCGAUUUAUAACAUUUUUGUUUGUUACCCCAGAAUUUUAGGGAUUGAUUAUUCUUCGGUGUUUAUCUCGGAGGUUGCCGCCUUUGACACGCGCUUUUGUUCAAAGUACGUGUCUCGUCGAUUAAAUUGCCGACGUGAUGGAGCGCACACUCCGAUUUUCUUGAGUCACUUUCAAAGCCAAAGCUCGGUUUUCAAAUGCAUGUUUUUUUUGUUACAUGGUAGGAAGUGCACCCCUCCGCCGGCACGUUUUACGCUUGUAACCCGGAACGCCAGACGAACACGCAAGUCUGCCCGCUUUAAAACUGCCCUCGGACAUACUCUUGGUCUUGCACUCUCGAGCCGUGUUUGCACGCAUUCCCCCAACGUGGGACAAACGCUUGUCCGUGUUCCUGUCGCAUCCACACAAUGUUGGCCUACUCGCAGGGGCCAAUGGCCGUUGUCGUUCAAUCGUGCCGAGCAGAUGCAUCUUCGCAAAUGUUGCAUUACUGCCCGAUUAUUGCUCCUUUCCCAUGGUGGUCAUCUUGAAUGGGCACGAAACAGCUUUUAGUUCAUUAACAGAUGUUAAAAACUACUUCCUCAAAAGUAACUUUGCUAACACGUUAGCUGUUUUCUUGGGGAUUCUAGGGCAAGCUAAUAUAGUUCUAGGUUAAUUACUUAAUUUGGUAAUGAAUGAGUAAAUAUUGUGACAUGCUUCUUAUUUUUCUCCUCCAAUAUUAGUGCAGGAUGAUAAUUUUGCACUGUAUUACACUGUACUCAGUAUUAUACUAAAAAAAAGUGCAUGAGAGUUUUUUGUCAAUUGUUUAGAAUUAUGUUUUAAAAAAUAAGUAAUUUGUGUCACAAAACUAUUUAUUUUAAAAACUCGAAAAACUUUCAUGAAAGUUCUCUCACUUGCUUAUUAUAAUAUUUAGCAUGAUAUUUAAAUUAUCACGCUUUUAACACUGAUAUUGGAUGAAGGAAAUGAGAAGCAUGUGGCAAUAUUCACUCGUUAACUAUACAAUGAACUAAUUAACCUACGACUUUAAUAGCUUGCCCUAGAAUCCACAAGAACACGGGGAAUGUGUUAGCAAAGCUACUUUUGAGUAUGUGUUUCUAUAUUUCUUUCAUUAAAUUGAACAUCCGCUUUGUAGGCAUUCAAUUUGAGCGUCGUAGGACCGGAGCUUUAAAUCUAGACUCCAAGUAUCGAGGUACAGAGGGAGUCUUAUGUGCGCACAAAGUGGUAGUAGAACGACACUAAAAGCGUCCGUUGUGGGGCGUCUUGCGAGGACUACGCACGGAUUUUAAUGUAGCCCAGUCUCUGCAAUCGUACCACGUGCAGCCGCGCUGUCGAGUUUUAACGACUAAGACGUGUAAAGCGGAGUAGGACGUUAGUGUGUAAGCUUAAAACUACCGGUUCAGGUCCUGCAGCCGGCGUUCCCCGCACAGUCGGGGAGAACGUUUAGAGGCGAUCCGACGCCGCCUCAUUGCAGUCGAGUCGACUAAGCAUUCCUUUCGCAUUGGGUGUAGAUAUGUACCUUCCGAGAAUAAAGGCCAUAUGCAUGUUCACGUUA